GCAGUCUGUCGGUCUGGUUGUAGCAACUGAGACACCUCAGAGGCGGGUACACUUCAGACUCAUCUGCUGUAACACGGUUGUCCUCUGCUUCAGGUACAAUGGCGAAGCGUGUAGCAUUGAUCCUUGCUGGCUGUGGAGUUUAUGAUGGCACUGAGAUCCAUGAAGCUUCUGCCAUAAUGGUACACCUGAGUCGAGCUGGAGCCAAGGUGGAAAUGUUUGCCCCUAAUGCUGAGAUGAUGCACGUGGUGAACCACUGCGAAGGAAAACCAGUGACGGACAAGCGCAACGUGAUGCAGGAGAGUGCCCGCAUCGCUCGAGGAAACAUCACUGACCUGGCCGGGCUGGAUGUAGCUAACUACGAUGCUCUCAUCAUUCCAGGCGGGUUCGGAGCAGCUAAGAAUCUCAGUGACUGGGCCACCAAGGGAAAAGAUUUUUCUGUAAAGCCUCUGGUGGAGAAAAUCAUCAGGAGCUUCCACCAGGCAGGAAAACCUCUGGGAAUGUGCUGCAUCUCUCCAGUACUGGCAGCGAAGGUUCUACCCGGCUGUGAGCUCACCGUGGGUCAUGACCACGAGUGUGAAAAGUGGCCGUAUGCAGGAGUGGCUAAAACCAUGGUGGAGCUCGGCUGUACCCACGUCAAUAAGAACGUGGAGGAAGUUCAUGUGGAUAAGAAAAAUAAACUGGUGACCACCAGUGCCUUCAUGUGCAAUGCCCCAUUACAUCAGGUUUUUGAUGGACUUGGGGUGAUGGUUACUGAAGUUCUUAAACUGGCCUGAUGUGGUGCUGACUUGAUCAUUCAGGCUUUUUAAAAAUCUCAACUACAGCAGUGAAUUAAAACAAUCAUCUUUCUUGCACUAAAAAUAUUUAUUUGUGUGCUUUGUACUCACUGAAAUUGCUUUCACUAAAUUCACUAAAUGUGAUUCUAACGUUUUCACUUCUGUGUAAAAUCCUAAUAAAGUGUUUGCAAUGA